CCAGACAGCCCUCGCAGCAAGAUGGCUGCUCCCGCGCCCUCGUGAGCCGCGGGCUUUGUUCCCGGGGCCGCGGCAGCGCCGGCGGGACGCGCGUCCCCAUGCGGGGCUGGCGGGGCGGGGGCUGCGGGGCUGCUCCCUGCCUGCCAGACGGCUCUCUGGGUUUUAUUUUGUUCAUGGCUUUGCAUUGUUUGGCUCGCUUUCGUUUUUUAAUUAGGGAUUUUCUUUUUUCUUCUUCGUUUUUUUUUUUUUUUUUUCCUAUUUAAAAAACAAAAUCUGGGAAGUUUUCCAGCCCCCUCACCCCAAAGCUUAUGGCAGCCUUUAAAUGUCGGACCAGGAGAGUUGUAAUAGACCUUCUUACUAAAUUAAAUGUAGAGGCUGCUCCUCCAAGGCACGUUUCAGUUCAACCGUAGUGUUUGAUUUCCCAGCCACAGCAAUAUGGUGCCUCCAGGGAAAAAGCCAGCUGGGGAAACUUCCAAUUCCAAUAAAAAGUGUAAGCGCUAUUUCAAUGAGCACUGGAAGGAAGAAUUUACCUGGCUGGAGUUUGACUAUGAGAGGAAACUCAUGUUUUGCAUAGAGUGUCGGCAGGCGCUGGUGAAGAACAAGCACGGUAAAGCAGAGAACGCCUUUACCGUGGGCACCGACAACUUCCAGCGCCACGCGCUGCUGCGCCACGUCACCUCCGGCGCGCACCGGCAGGCGCUGGCGGUGAACCGGGAGCAGCUGGCCUUCGAGAGCCGCGUCCACGGCCACCCGGAGCUGCGCUCGGCCAUCAAGGUGGAGGUCAACCCAGCAAAGGUGGCCAUCCUCACCACUAUCUACUGGAUGGCGAAGGAGGAGAUCCCGGAUGAGAAGUGCUCCUCCCUGCUCGACUUCCAGAAGUUCAACCUGUGCCAGGCGCUGCUGGCCGCCGAGCACGGCGAGCACUACCAGCCCGGCAGCAUCAGGGAGAUGCAGGCAGCGAUCGCCAGGGUCCUGCACAACGAGGACAGGCACAGGAUAAAAGCCUCGCCCUUUGUCGGGCUGGUGGUGGAUGAGACAGUGGAUGUCCUGGAGCGCCGCAGCCUCGCCAUGUUCACCACCACUGUGUCCCCCUGCAGCGGGCAGACCUCGGCCACCUUCCUGGGGAGCUUCGAGCUGCUGGCUGGGGAGGCUGCCACGGUGGCAGGCAAGGUGGGCGAGGUGCUGCGCUCCUUCGGCAUCCCCACCAUGAAGAUCUCCUGGCUCAGCGCCGACAGCGCCUCGCUGGUGGCCCAGCGGCUGAGCGGGGUGGGGGCGGCGCUGGCCUCUCCCUGCCCGCUCCCACUCCUCAUGGACUUGCAGUGCCUGUCCCAUGGGAGCUCCCUGCUGCCAGCCAACAGCAUCCUCAGUAUUGAAUACCUCCAGGAAUACGAGACCACAGUAGAUGCUGUGUACAGGCUCUACUCCAGCUUCAGUGGGGAAAAAAAUGGCCUGCAGGAGCUGCGGAGCGUCCUGGAGCUCUGUGACAUAGACCUCGGGAGCCCCAAAGCCAUCCACUGGACUUCUGUUUUCCCAGCUGUGGAAGCCAUCGAUUCCUCAUGGCCCACACUGGUGCUGCUGCUGGAGAGCGAGGCAGAGCGGUCGCCCGUGGCCCGUGGCCUCUGCAAAGAGCUCAAGAAGUUCCAGUUCGUGGCCUUCACCAAGAUCCUCCUGGACGUCCUCCCUAUCUUCCAGAAACUCAGCCGCUUCUUCCAGAUUGAGGACUUUGAUCUCUCCAUCCUGAAGCCCAUUGUCUCUGCCACAGCCACCACCCUGCAGGCCCAGAAGAGCACCAGCGGCCAGAACCUCCAGGAGUUCCUCAACGAGAUGAACGAGCACCCACGGGAUGACCGGGAGGACGAGAGCCGCCUCUACUACAAGGGUGUUGAGCUGACCAACUGCUCCAAAGUACACCUGAAGCACUUUGAGCACCUCAAGGAGACCUACCUGGAGAGCGUGCGGGGCAACCUGCUGGACAGGUUCCCGAGCAGUGUCCUGGAGGCCAUCAGCUCCUUCUCUGCCAUCUUCAACCCCAAGUGCUACCCCCAGUCUUUGGAGGACAUUGGCAGCUAUGGGGUCAGUGAGCUGAAUUUCCUCCUGCAGGCUUAUUCCUGGGUGGUGGUGAGCGAGAGGGCCCUGAGCGAUUUCCCCCUCUUCAAGCGCAUUGUCUUCAGCCUCAGCCAGCUCUCCUUCAAAGAUCUCUGUGUCAAGCUGGUCUACAGCAACUCUGAGAUGCACGAGCUCUUCCCAGACUUCGCCGUCCUCGCAGCCAUCGCCCUGGCCUUGCCACUGGGCUCGGUCCUUGCUGAGAAGAUCAGCCGGGGCCGGGAGCUGCUGCAGCGCGGCCGCUCGCGCCGCCUGAAGGACGAGGGCCUCUCCAACCUGAUGAAGAUCGCCAUCGACGGGCCGGCCGUCAGUGAGUUUGACUUUGCCUUGGCCAUCGAGUACUACGAGAGCAUGAGGGACUCCGGGUUCAUCGUGGCGCAGGUGCAGUGAGGGGCAGCCGGGCAGGAAGCCGGGUCCCACGGGAGCCCCGAGCGCCGGGUUGUUGCCACCUUCCCCAUCGCUGGUGCCGGGUGGACACUGGUGCAGGGUGAGCUGCUCCACGUGGGGAAGAGAAGAGGGGAUCCUUCAUGGAGCAGUGCUGGUCCCACCACCACCCCUCUCUUAUCCCUCGAACAUCCAUCUGACUUGGCCAGGGUUUGGAACCUUGGGGCCGCCUGAAAUCCCAGAUUGCCUUGAGUUUGGGUUUUUUUCAAUGAUUUAUCGUUCUUUGGUUUUAGGGAGAUGAAGGCAAAUCUCUUGAGCUCAAAUGUCACUUUGCCUUGGCACAUUGAUACCCAGCAGCUUUUACCUAAUACUCUGUAAAAAUACCUGAUAUUUGUUGUUUUGGAGCCUUAAGGAGGAGUGCAGAAAAGGCAGCACAUCUUUCUAGCUCUGUGGCCUGCCCCAAAAUGCCCAGCAGUGUCUUGUGGGUGUCCCUUGUGCACAGGACAAAAUAGUUUCAGCAGUGGCAUCAAAUCACGGUCCUUUCAAGAGCAAGCAAGUUAGAGAAUGGUAUUGUAACCGCCAAGGAAACGGUGACAUUAAAAUGCAUCGUUGUGUAUA